GUUUUGACAGCUUGAGGCAAAAUGUCGGCCCAUAAGACAUUUAUUGUUAAGCGAAAACUAGCUAAGAAGCUCAAACAAAACAGACCUAUUCCCCAAUGGGUUAGAAUGCGCACUGGGAACACUAUUCGGUACAAUGCUAAGAGGCGUCACUGGAGGAGGACAAAACUCAAGCUUUAAGCUUCUUUCUAUGUCCGUUAUCUAAUAAUUAUACUUCCUCCCAAAACUAAAAAA